UAAAUAAAAAUCCAUCACAAAAUCCCCAAACCAAGCCCUGGUGGAGACAAGGCCAGGACAGAAGGGCUCAGAAGGUCAGAGCUGGUGUGGAUAAACACUGGGGAUGGUGCAAACUCUUGGUGUGUGGAGUGCUUUAGGCCUUGAAAGAGGAUCACAGAUGCCUCAUGGAUGUCCCUCUGCAGUGAGCAUGUGGCUCUCCAGAUGCUGGUUAAUAACUCAAUGACCCAUAUCUUCCAGAUAAUCGUUAUGUACCUUCAGGUAUUAGAAUGUGAACGUAACCAACACCUGGUCCAGACCUCAUGGGUAGCCUCUGAGGGUAAGUGACUAAGACUUCUCCUCUGCUGCCCAUGGUGCAGGGAUAGCUGCCGUCUUCAGUCAACCCAAAGCUCUCCCAAGAGAAGGCUGGCUCUAGACAGGUGGUAUAUACAUGAUAGUAGAGUAACUGGCCAACUGCUUCUUGUGCUUCUAUUUUUAUUUUUUAUUUUACUCUGCUUUUUUUUUGAUUGUUUGUAUAUUUGAUAACCUGAGCGUUGAAGUUCUGAAUUAAUUUUUUUUAAAAUUGUUCUAUUUCUCUUAACUGUUACAAUGUGGUGUGUUUAUUAUAUGAUGAAGUGAAUUAAGGUGGGGUUUAAAGCUUUGAAAAGGGAUGAAUUAACAACAAAAAAAUGAAUAGUUUGAAAGAUACAAUUAUCUGAAAUGUUUAAAUGAAAAUGUUUAAGUGAUAAAGCUAGUACAUGUGUGAAGCUUGGAGACCAAAUGUGAUAUUUAGAGACACUUCCCAGAAGCAUUGCAUGGAGCAGUGGAAUGGGAUUUUGGACUGCCAGAAUCUGCUGGUUAUGGAAGGAGGGGAGGGGAAGGGGAGGGAGGGAAUUACCCCAGCUGGGAGAGGGGUCAGAUGUUCCAAUAACAUCUCUGUGCUCGUGUUUGUUGCUUCCAGUACCCAAGAACUGGUGGGUAUCCAGUAUAACUGGUUUUUGAAAUGUGCAUUUUUACAACAUGACCUUUUUCUUAAGCUAUUGUGACAAGGAUUCAUUUCCUCCUGUGUCUGGCUGAGCCCACAGGGAAAAUGUGCAGAACCAAACUUGGAAUCUGGCAUGGUUCUCAAUUUGGCAAAUCAGAAAAAAACACUUUGGAGCUUCCAGAUGUUCAAAGUCAACCUUUCCUUUAUAAUUCCUUUGGCCAAAAGCUUUGUGCUCUCUUUGUAGUGGGUUUAGAAGUUCCUUUCUCCCAGAAAAAUGAGUUAAUGUUGCUUUUUUGGGGCAGCAGUUGCUGUUUGUGUAAACAAGAAUUGAGGACAGGUGGGAGUUGGAAACUCUGGGAUUCCAAUCCCUCCUCUCUGUCCUUGCAAACCUUGCAGGUGCCUGUGGUCUCUGCUUGGAUACCUUGGGGGUCAGUGAAUCCUUGUAUACUGGGUACCCACAUGGUUAAUUAUUAUUUAAAGUAUUAUUUAAGGACUUUUCUUAUGCCUGGUUUUAGUUUUUCUCAUCUGAUAUUUUACUGACAUAUGUGCUCUCAAGUGUAGAUCUCCUAAAGCACAUCAGCUGACAGAUUCACAGGAAUUUACUUUGUGUAUUUAAGAUUUAACAACAAAUAAUGCUUCAUUGUACUGACUGGAAUAUGUGCAAUAUUUUACAGUUUUCUCAUUCUGUGAAUAUUCAUUUUAAGCAACCUUACUGAAAUGGGACAAUUUGGAAACCUUAUUUCAUGUGCCACAGAGGAGAUCUGCCUGAAUUCUGACUGUUCUCCUGAACUGAUCUUCCCAAACACCCUGAUUUCUCCUAUGGCUGACUUUUUGCAUCAAAAAGAAUUCUGUUCUGGAUGGAAAUGGACCCUUGAACCCCACUGGAAGUUGAGCUGUGCUGAAGAGGAUUUCAUUUCAUGGGAGAACUGCUCCAGGAGCUGCAGCUUUUACCUCACACCUGGUCCUGCCCUGUUGCAGGGGGACAUGUGAACCUAAAAUUCUAUUUCUGAGUAUUUCUGAGCACACUGUAUGUUGUCUUGAUGAAAAUAACUUGUUUAUUGCAUGAGAGCAGGCCAGUAGAGAUCCAGCAGCAAAAGUGAAGUUAAAAUUGGUUCUCUUCUCACCACUGAAUUUGCAGCAGUCAGACUUUGUUUUUGUCACACGUCCCUCCCCUUGAGGGAUUUAAUUUUAGUUAUUCCUUUUAUUUUUCUUGUAGUAAAACCAUUCAGCUUCUCUUUAGACUUACAGGAAUAGAAUGUUGAAGUCUAGUAACUGAAUGCAGAAAGAAAUAGCCCUUGUAGAAAUAAAACCAAGUCAAAAACCCAAAAAAAGAGCCCCAAAGAGCUUUGCAGUGCCUUGCAACCUCCUGCUCUCCUGUUUUUCAGGAACUACAUGAACGACAGCCUGAGAACAGAUGUGUUUGUGAGGUUCCAGCCAGAGAGCAUUGCCUGUGCCUGCAUUUACCUGGCAGCCAGGACGCUGGAGAUCCCUCUUCCAAAUCGCCCACAUUGGUUUUUACUGUUUGGAGCAACAGAGGAAGAAAUUCAAGAAAUCUGCUUAAAAAUCUUGCAGCUCUACACAAGGAAAAAGGUGGAUUUAUCUGAUCUGGAAAGUAAAAUAGAAAAGAAGAAAUUGGCCAUUGAAGAGGCAAAAGCACAAGCUAAAGGUCUGGUACCUGAGGGAGUUCCAAGCUUGGAUAACACAUCGGGAUUUUCCCCCAUCCCAAAAAAUGAGUCUCCAAAAGAGGUGAAAGGAAACAAACCCUCACCCCUACCUGUGCAGGCCAUGAAGAACGCAAAAAGGAAAACAGAGGGAGCCAAGAGAACCAGCUCCAACAGCCCAGUAAAUGGUGUCCAGAAAGGAAGAGAGAGCAGGAGUCGAAGUGGAAGCAGAGAUCAGAGUUACUCAAGGUCCCCAUCGAGGUCUGCAUCCCCCAAGCACAGGAAGAGUGAGAGCUACUCCACCUCCAGUGGCUCCAAGUCUCAGAGCCGCUCUCGGAGCCGCAGCGAUUCCCCCCCCAGGCAGUUCAACCACAGCUCCGCCUCCUACAAGGGCUCCAAGGGCCGCGGCUACAAGAAAUCCAAGGACUACAGCAAGUACCAGGGCGGGCACAAGGGCCGCAGGUCCCGCUCCAGGAGCUCCUCCCGCUCCCGCAGCCGCUCCCGCGAGCGCCCCGAGCACGCGGGCAAGUACAAGAAGAAGGGGCAGGGACACUACUACCGCAACCACCGGCACGAGAGAGCGCGCUCCUACGAGAGAGGGCACCGCUACGACAGGGACAGGGACAGGGAGAGGGACAGGGAGCACCCCGGGCACAGCCGGCACCGCCGGUGAGACA